AUGAGCAGAGGAUGGAGAUGGAGGGCUACUGGGCAGGAACCAGGCGAAGGCGACGAUGGAGAUUUGAGGGUUACUGGGGCUGAGGAUGGCGACACCAGGGGACGAAGGAUGGCGACAGGGGGGCUAUGGUUCAGGGCGGCUAGGGUUCUCCGUUCUCCAUUGGAGAUGAUUCAGAAAGGGGGAAUGAAUGAAUGGGGUCGGGGGAAGAAAGGGGGUGGGGGAGGAAAAAUACACGCCUCAGUUAAGAAGGCUUUUGUGUCUCGAUUCGUGAAUUUGCUGGAGGAAGGAAUAUCUUACCAAAUAAGAUAUUUUGGUGUUGGACUCAAUAAGGGUUACUUCAAGACUACACAUCAUGAAUACGUGGUUAAUUUAAACCAACGUACUGAUGUGCACAGACUUCCAGAAUCGUCGAGUAUCCCACGAUAUGGAUUUAAGUUUGUGAGUUUUGACACUCUCAAUGCUCCUGGGUAUGAUUGCACCUAUUUAGUUGAUGUUGUUGGAUAUCUUGCUGGAAUUGGGAAUGAGAAGACUCUUGAAAAGGAUGGCAAAUCUACCAAAUAUACUGUUAUCGAAUUAGAGAUUGAUGAUGGAAAAAUAAUGGAGUGUGCACUUUUUGGCAACUAUGCACAUGAAUUAAAUGCUUUUCUGGGAUCUGGCAAUAAGGAUGGAGCUGUUGUCGUCUUACAGUUUGUUAGAGUGAAGUUAUUUAACGAAAAGAUUGUUUUACAAAAUUCCAUGUAUGGCACAAAGAUGUUCUUCAAUCUUGAAGAUACAACUGUCAUCCAAUUUAAAAAUAGCUUUGUAAGAUUUGAAGAAUCUAGAGGUAAUAUCGGCGGAAUUCCAAAUGAGGCUGCAUUCUUAAAAAUUUAUCAAGGCAAAACCAUCGAACAGUUAAAAGAAUUCGAUACUAAUUCUAUUUGUGUUGUCUUGGCUACUAUAAGUCAUAUUAUGGAUACUCCAGACUGGUGGUACGGCCAAUGUGAAUGCAACAGGUACCGAAUAAAGUUUGGUGUCAUUGGUGACUCUGACUGUGCAUGUUUCGUAGUUUUUGACAAGGAGGCAAAAUACGUUUUGGGAAAGAGCUUACUUGAUCCACCCCUAUUGAAAGGAGAUCUAUCGGAUACACCUACACUUUUGCUCAACCUAAUUGAUAAGACCUUUCUCUUCAUCAUUGAAGUUCAAAUAUCUGAUAAUCCACAUUUUUCACCUUCUUAUAAAGUUAAGAAGAUGAUUGAUAAUGUGGACCUCAUAAAUAAAUUCAAAGAGGCUCACCCUAUUCAAAUUGAUAUUGACUACACCGGUGGUUUGUUUCCAAUUUCAAAGACAUCCUCAAUCAUUAAAGGGGAGAAAGUAGAAGUUGCGGCCAAUGAUGAAUCCGAAUUGUUAGAAAAUGCUAUUACACCAACUAAGCGACUAUCCUCGGAGUCGGAAGAUUCGAAGGUGGAAGGAGAUACCUCAACUUGCAAGAAGAUCAAGAUUGAGAAUGAAACUUGA